CGCCGGCGCCACCGCCCCGCGCCCCGCCCGCACCCGCGCACGAUGGAGCGCAGGGUGGCCCGAGAGUUCCGCCACAAGGUUAAUCUAUUAAUUGACAAUGAAGCGGAGAAGGAUUAUCUUUAUGAUGUGCUGCGGAUGUACCACCAAUCUAUGAAUCUUCCAGUGCUCGUGGGGGACCUAAAACUUGUGAUUAAUGAGCCAAGCAGAUUGCCUCUGUUUGAUGCCAUCCGCCCACUUAUCCCGUUAAAACACCAGGUGGAAUAUGAUCAGCUGACACCCAAACGAUCACGAAAGCUGAAAGAGGUGAGAUUGGAUCGUUUGAAUCCUGAAGGGCUUGGAAUAAGUGUGAGAGGUGGACUGGAAUUUGGCUGUGGCCUCUUCAUCUCCCAGUUAGUUAAAGGAGGACAGGCAGACAGUGCUGGACUUCAGGUUGGAGAUGAAGUAGUUCGUAUAAACGGAUAUUCCAUUUCAUCGUGCACACAUGAAGAAGUCAUAAACCUCAUUCGUACAAAGAAAAUAGUGUCCAUAAAAGUAAGACAUGUUGGCAUGAUACCUGUCAAAAGUUCAGCAGAUGAACCCCUUAAAUGGCAAUAUGUAGAUCAGUUUGUGUCGGAAUCUGGGGAAGGAAAAGGCAGUGUGGCUGGACUUGUUUCUUCUGGAGGGAGAGACAGUAAGGAGAAGAAAGUCUUCAUCAGCUUGAUUGGUACAAAAGGCAUGGGAUGCAGUAUUUCCAGUGGUCCCACACAAAAACCAGGCAUUUUUAUCAGCAAUGUUAAGCCAGGUUCUCUUUCAGCAGAGGUGGGCUUAGAGGUUGGUGAUCAGAUUGUUGAGGUAAAUGGAGUGGACUUUUCUAAUGUGGAUCAUAAAGAGGCUGUCAGAGUGCUCAAAAGUAGUCGUACUUUGACUAUCUCUGUGGUAGCAGGCGCUGGAAAGGAUCUGUUCAUGACUGAAGAAGAAAGACAAAGAGAAGCACGUCUCCGUGAGCAAGAACGCCAGGAGUUAAUGCAUCAGAAGCGGCUUGCGCUGGAGACAAACAAAAUCAUCAAAGAGCAGCAAGAGAAAGAGAGAAUAAGAAAACUGGAGAUUUCCCAGAAGGCUGCAGAGGAAGAAGAGAGAUAUCGCAGAGAAAUAGAGCAGAUAACAGCAGAGGAGGAGAAAUUUAAAAAGGAGUGGGAAGAAGACUGGGGUCCUAAAGAACCGCCCAAGUCUCUAAAAACUGUAACUGCAGAAGUGCACUCUGCCCCUCGUUCCAAACACAAAAUAGAUUUAAAGGGAGUUGACCAGCUUGAAACAGAUGACAUGGAUGAAGCAAUCAUGAAGCAGAACAAACAGGGCUUCCAGAAGUAUGUGGAAGAUUUUGAUCCAUAUUCAAUGUUCACCCCAGAGCAGAUUAUGGGAAAAGAUGUACGGCUAUUACGAAUUAAAAAGGAAGGAUCACUGGACCUUGCAGUCGAGGGAGGAAUUGAUUCUCCAAUUGGAAAGAUAGUUGUGUCUGCCAUCUAUGAAGAUGGUGCUGCAGACAAACAUGGAGGCAUAGUGAAAGGGGAUGAAAUAUUGGCUGUAAAUGGCAAGAUAUUAAUUGACAGCAAGCUGGCAGAAGCACAGGCAACUCUAGCAAAAGCUUGGAACGUGGGUGGGGAUUGGAUUGACUUAGUCAUUGCAGCAUCACCUCCAAAGGAAUACGAUGAUGAGAUCCCUACUAUUCCCUCAUCAACAGUCAGUCCCAACACACACAGAAAGGUUUUUGAAGGCAGUGCACCCGUGUACAGACAAGGGUAUCUCCUGCAGCUGUAGCCACUGCAGUGUCCCUCAUGGUGAAUAGCCACACCUGGGUUAACAUGACUGGCCAUUGUGAGGCUGCGUUAUUUUUUUGAGCAUGUGCCUGCCUGUGCAAUGCUUGCCAUGCUUGCUUUUGUUCCUGGCAUGCUGGAGUGUUCUUUGGGCUUUUGCCAUGCCUGUGCUAUUAAAAUACAAGUAUUUAGUUUCUACUGCAUAAAGUCCCUUAGAGAUCCUCUGCAGAAUUGGUUUAUCAUCUGCCAGACUAUUAAAUGAAUGGGCCCUGCCUAAACAAGUAGGAUUAACCUAAUUUUUUUCCCCCUUAUCUGUGGACCACUGCUGUGGCUUUGUGAGCUCAUAAGUAUAUAAGCAACUACAAAUUACUUCCUUGUGAAGGCUUGUCCAAAGAACAAGUUUACACUUGUGUUAUGCAACAGUGUGCCUGUAAACAAGUAUUCCUGAGUGUUUGGUUUUCACCGAAGUUUGCAUCUGUUAAUUUGUCGCUAUACAAUGAGUUUGUUCUGAGAUGAUCCUUGUGUCGGAAACUCAGAUUACUGCUUAUGGCUUCUCUGUGCUGUAAUCACUCUAAGUACAGUCACAGAUCUCUAGAAACACCAAGCUAAGAUUUCUUGUUGCAUGUGGGUCUUCUCAAUUAUUACUUUUAAUACAAAUCAAAGUUACCUGAGAUCGAGUUACAAAAUUGUGCUUACCACAAAGACUGAAAGUUGCACGACAGCUAACGGCAUGUUUUUCACUGU